ACAUACAGCAGUAUUAAAAAAUAAAUACAUGCACAUAGCGUUCAAUCUGCUGGGAGUUCGGCGAACACCUCUCGUAACUAUGCAUGAUAUUAUAAUAUCAAGUGACACGGGUCAUCGUUCAAUACAAGCAUAGCAAGUUGCAACCAACACGCACAUUAGCAUUCGAUUAGUUAUUUAUGAGGUAGCCAAGCACUAGCUACAAGGAAUACUGACUGGAAGUUUCCGUCCAUAUAAUAGUUACUGAAAGAAUUUGAUCGCAAUUCACUCUUGAAUAAGUCAGCCCACAUUACAUCAAUAUGCAGGUCGAAUUCGUCUAUGGAUUCCUCUUUGGUCAAUCCGUGCUGCUGUGUCUGUUCAUAUUUAUAUUUUAUUACUUCUGCCUGCGGCACAAUACUACGAAGGAUGGAGUUGAGAUACAGAAGGCAGCGUACGUGCAGGAAAUGCCCACCCUUGAGAGUAUCGCAGACAGUGAACCAGAGACAUGUGAUUGGCUCUCGGCCGUCUUGCAGAGUGUGUACGUGUCGUUGCGCCAUCGACAACUUAAGGCCUUUGUGCUGAACCGCAUUAAAUACGCGCUGAGCGGAGAUGAUCUUCCAGAUUUCAUCGGGAGCAUCAGAAUUGUGGAUUUUACGCUGCCAACGGAGAUGCCGCAACUCCGAGAGGCAGCGAUCCAAGAUGUCGAGGGUAGCAACAUGACAUUGCUGGCGCGUGUGGGAUGGGUAGGUACCAUGUCUGUCUCCGUAGAAGUAGAUGUCGUGCUCAACUACCCAGUUGCGAGAUUUGCUGUGAUGCCUUUGGCCCUGUCGGUCACAUUGCAGCGCUUCGAAGGCCUGAUGCGAAUAUUCUUGCCCGGGCAAAUUGGAACAGACAUGUCCGUGUGCUUCGAUGGCGAUCCAAUUCUAGACUUCCAGCUCGGCACUGUAAUAGGUGCCGCUACCAGAGUCCACGACCCGCCAAAACUUCUGGAGAUCGUCGUCGGCCGCGUACAUCGUACCAUCCAUGACAAACUCGUGAGUCCGAACUCACUCUCCUUCGCUAUACCGGCGGACAUACUGACAAGCAAUUUUGCGGCCCCGCCACCAAGUACCCCUGCGGCUACAAAGUCGCAAGGUUUGAGUUCGGGUCCAUCGGUCACUGCCUCGCACUCCAAAUCAGAAAGUUUAAGCCGCAACUCGAGCUACAGUAGGAAGGGACAGCUAAGGCAAUUCACUCCGGUGAGUCAACGCGUCCCAAAUAGAGCACAGACGCUAGGGACCGAAGAGGUGAUUUUCGAUGAGGACAACGUCGCAUUCCACUCCCCCGCUGCACCGAGGCAACGGAAUGACAAUGUAAACACUGAAGUGAGGUAUCGACGACUUAAUAAAGGGAGCUAG